AUGAAAUGUGGCUUGGUUUCUGUUGCUGGGCAAGUGUUUGACGCAAUGCCGGAGAAAAAUGUUUUUUCUUGGAAUGCUGUGAUUUCAGGAUAUUCAGAUAAUGGACUGGGUGAGGAAGGAAUUGUUCAAUUUAAGAGAAUGCAGAGAAAUGGGUUUGUGGCUGAUUUGGUCACGAUGAUGAGCUUGACAGCUUCAUGUAUAGGGAUAGAGUGGCCGCAAUUAGGAGGUAUGAUUCGUAGUUUUAUUAUUAGAAGUGGGUUUGAUAACUGUUUGCUUGUUAAGACUGCUUUAUUAGAGAUGUAUGUAAAACUCAAGUGCAUUGAAGAUGCUUACAGAGUUUUCAGUGAAGAGAUGCCGGUUAAAGAUGUGGUCACAUGGACAUUAAUGCUAUCGGGUUUUUCGGAUGCUGGGUUUGGGAAUAAAGCUAUGGACAUAUUCGAUCAGAUGAUAAAGAUAGAUGAGAUUUCACUUGAUUCAGUCGCAUUAUUGGGUAUGAUAUCAGGUUGCAGCAAGUCAGGAGCAAUGCACCAGGGUAGACGUGUUCACGCGUUUACAAUAAAAGUAGGUUUUGAAGAUGAUAUUUUCGUGGGUUCUGCUAUAAUAGAUAUGUAUUCAAACUGUGGGAAUCUUGACAGUGCAAAACUUUACUUCGAAGGACUGAAGGAAAGGGAUGUCGUAUGUUGGAAUUGUAUGAUUGCAGGGUUAGGGAUGAAUGGUUACAGUGCUGAUGCAGUUUGUCUCUUUUUCCAAAUGAAGAGGUCAGGUAUAGAACCAAAUGAGUCAACUUACGUAUCUGUAUUAUGUGCAUGUACUCAUGCUGGGAUGGUUAAUCCAGGUCUCGUAAUUUUCAAUCAAUUGAUCAAAGAAUGGAAUAUGGAGCCUAAUCUGCAACAUUAUUCAUGCAUAGUUGAUCUUCUUGGACGUGCCGGGCGAUUGGACGAAGCUUACUCAAUAGUAAAUAACAUGCCCUUAAAACCAGACGCAGGGGUAUACGGAGCUUUACUUGGUGCUUGCAGUAUUCAUAGGAAUGUAGAGUUAGGAUUGAAAAUUUCGCGGAAACUUUUUGAGUUAAAUCCUAACGAUGUUGGGUACUAUGUCUUGCUUUCAAAUAUGUAUGCGGUUUCAGGGGACUGGGAAGGUGUUCAGAAGACUAGAGUCUCGUUAAGAUCAAAGGGAUUGAAGAAAGAUCCAGGAAUAAGUUCCAUUGAGAUAGAUCGAACAAUCUUUACUUUCAUGGCAGGGGAUAAAAAUCAUCUUCAAUAUCCUGAAAUUUGUAACUUCUUGAUGAAUUUGAUAGCGAAGAUUGAAUGCGAAGGUUAUGUUCCUGACCUUAUUUCUGUAUUCCAAGACUUAACAGAUGAGGUAAAGAAAGACAUUCUGUAUCACCACAGCGAGAAACUGGCAAUUGAUUUGGAUUAUUGA